UCUGGUCCGUUGUCAAAUGAGUCCGUGUUGCACAAAACCGGAAACGUGUGUCAUUCUCGGCUUCUCCACUGUUUUAUUUCGGUUUGGCAGUUUGUUAAUAAUUCCCUUAACGAGUGUGUCAAAACCGAAAAGCCAUGGCUGCGGCUAACUAUUCCCUGAAAGUCAACAGAGACCUGCUAGACCCCAACUUUGAAAGUUAUCGUUUAUCCCUGGAUUCUUUACCGACUUACAGCGUUGAGCUCGAUGCAGCGGUGGCGGAGGUGAAGUUGAAGGACACCCAGUAUACCCUGGAACACCUGCGUGCUUUUGGCAUGUACAAUUACCUGCACCUCGACCCCUGGUAUGAAGACAGCGUGUUGUUUGUGGACUGCAAAGGCAGAGUUGUCAGUCUCACAGUGACUCUGGACACUGCCCUCACCAAGCCCAGAGAGGUCUUCUGUGUACCUGCUGAGCCCAGCCGGUGUGAAGACGGCGUCUGCGCCUCCCUCAGCCUCACCUCCUCCACCUGGGCUGCUCUGAGCGAUGGCCACGGCCGACUGCUCCUCCUGCGCACCGGCAAGAGAGGAGACAGCUCACAUUCCAAGUGGGAGCCUCUGUUCAGUGAAAACAUGGGCGAGCCUUUCAUCGUCCUCCACAGCGUCUCACACGUCCAGGCGGGAGUCCACGCCAUGGAGGUUCUGCUGCUCGGCAUCAGGAAAGACCCGGAGGAAACCAAGGGGAGUGAAUUCUCUGUGAACCUGGAGUGGAUCACAGUGACCAACACUGAAGGACAAGGUCAGGAGAAGAAAUAUGAGGUGAGGAAGAGGAGGGUCCUCAGGGGGAAGUCGGUGCCGCACUACGCCGCGGUGGAACCACAGGGCAAAGGACUAAUGGUGGCCUCGGAGAAGCCGUUUGUCUUCACCAGCGUGGACGGCCGUCCCGUGGAGCAGCCUGAGCCGGAGCCCAUGGAGGAGGAGGAGAAGGCAGAUCCCAUUUACUUCUGGCAGCAGACGGCCGAGGACAUCACCGUUUGCGUGCGCUUGCCCGAGGGUGUCACCAAAGAGGAGGUGCAGUUCCGGCUCACCCCAGACAACAUUAGCAUCGCGGUGCAGGGAUUCCCCCCGUUACUGCAGGGUCAGACGUACGAGUCCGUGGACCCAGAGGCCAGCGCUUGGAUCCUGAAGAACGACAAAAGCCUGGAGGUGACUCUGCAGAAACGCAGCGAAGGGUCCAUGUGGCCUGAGCUGGUGAUGGGAGACUCCAGGGGAGAGUUUGUGAUGAGCGACGACCAGGCGGCCAUGAUCCACGAGAGACUGAAACACCUGACCUCCGAGGAACUGAACACUGACAAGGACCGACCCCCGUGUAGCGCUCAGGAGCUGGAGGACUGUGACGUGGUCCAGGAAGAAGGCUCCAGUCUGACACACUUUGACGGAGAAACACUCAAACCCACUCAGGUGGUCAGUCUGGGCUGCCAUCAGUACCUGUUCACUGUGACCGUGAACCCCGCCGACAUGCCCUGUUUCUGUCUCCGUCACGACGUGGACGCUCUGGUUUGGCAGCCGCGUCCGGAGCAACCGGACAACAUGUGGGAGCACGUGGCCACGUUUAACGCCCUGGGCUACGUCCAGGCGUCCAACCGUAACAAAAAGUUUGCGACCUGCGCUCCAAACUUCUCCUACGCCUCCCACUGCGAGUGUCUGCGCCGUGCGUUCAUCUACCGGCAACCCUCACCCGUGGAGACGGUGCUGUUCAACCGCAAACAGGGUCGUCAGGUAGGUCAGGUCGCCAAGCAACAGGUGGCCAGUCUGGAGUCGGACCAGCCCAUCCUGGGAUUCAGGGCGACCAAUGAGAGACUCUACGUCCUGACCCCCGGGACCCUCUUUGUUCUGAAGGUUAAUAAUAAUUAGAUUUCAUCACAUUUACUUGGUUAAAGCGCUAUCAUUCCAAUCUGACCACGGCUGGACGCAGGAACAACAUCUUCUUCACCUGAUACGUGGAUACGUUUUUCCUCGAAUCCCCCCCCCCCCCCCCCCCCCCCCCCUCCUCCUGCGUUGAGAAAUCAAUAAAAUGCUGGGUUGUAUUUCCAUUUCCAUAAACAGGUUUUUUCACCGUUCACUCCUGACGCAUUCGACUUCAUCUUAAAGAGAUCAGUGAACGAACGCAGACAUCCUGUGGCGUACUUUCUAAAUAGUUUAUCUGGUUGUGUUGCUGCUGAAAAUGGAAACUCUCACACCUCUGUUUUAAUUAAUACACACACACACACGUACGGCAGAUCAAAUCCGAUGCACUCAACAACUCCUACUCACCGAGCCCCGGUGGUUAAUGGAGAAAAAUGUCACAUUUCAGGCUUUCAUACAUUCUCUCUAUCUUCUAUCUUCCAGUCCAUAAAACAUUUCAGUGCUGUCUCAUCGUUAGUGGCAUUUUCUUUUUUUUUUCUUCUUCUUUUUCUCUUUCAUUUUAAGAAAACCCUGAAGAAGAGCUGCCCUUCCUCUGCACCUUCUAAUAUAUAUGAAAAGAUUCUGCAGUGACGCUAAUGGACGUGAAUAAUGGUCAGCUUCCUGUUUUCUUUGAUUCACAAAAAUGAAGAGCACUGAGCUGAAUGAGUCCUGGAGAAACGAGCUUGAUUUGGAAAAGAUAAAAAUAUAUAUUUUAGUUUUCAUGGUUGUGUAACCGCAGCGUCAGGAAGAGAAGGAAGGAAAAAAAAAAAAAAGUUAACCAGUAAAGUCACUCGUACGAUCCAUAGAAGAAUCCAUGAAGAUACCUCAAUUUGUGACCUCAACAUCGCCCCCCCGGGUCCUGCUGCUCUCUGCGGAGGUCCGUCUUUCCUCUCAGCUAAGCUUCAACAUUGGCCAAGGGUAAUCAGCUCCAUUUCUUCACCCCACCAUUGUUGUCUUUGGGGGGAAAGAAAAAAGAAUCCCUUUUCGACUCCCACCCUGAUCCAAUUAUUGAAUGGCAAUUGAAUUGGACGGCGCUGGUUGUUUUGAUUAGCUUGAGCUGCGUCUCUAAUUGACUUGAAGGAGAUCUGUCAGAUCCACUAACGUCUCGGAGGAUGGGCCGCGUUAGCUGCGACUCAAAGACGGAAAAAAAAAUAAAAAAUAAAACCUGUGUCAUUGAGCCGUCGGAGCAACAGAGAAUUGGAUACUCACUGCCCGCCUGCUGCAUCUCCUCCACCUCAAGAUGGCUACAGAUAAAAACAAACCUUUAUUAAAGGUGGAUCGCCGCACGUCUACGGAAUUUAAUCAUCUCUCCCUCCGAUGAGUUCCAUCGACUACGGGGUCUGGAAACCUGAUAAAUGAAAGUGUGAUUCAGUGAGACGACGACGACGACAACAAACUCAUAUUCAUAUUCCUUCUCUUUGGACGUUGGUGUGUUUGAUGAACGCCAGACGAUCGAGGUUUACUCUGUAUUAAUGCACCAAUCAGAUCAGCAGCCGAGGGAGAGUGGAGUCACAUCAUCACACUGGUAAAGACAGAAAGGGCCCCCCCGGGGGGAGGGAGGGGGGGGGUCCACUGUAUCAACUCCAACACCGUCUUUAAAUCAGUGAAUAAGAGGUUGAUGCUCUUGCCUUACAGCAGCAGAUCACAGGUUCGAUCCCCAGCCUCCCACACCCUGAGUCCAGAAACACGGUUUACUGUUCACUCUACAGUGGUGAAAGAUGUGAAUGGUGUGAACGUCCCUACUGGAUGUGUGGACCUGCGACGUACUGGAGAAAUGUCCAAGGCCUAGUG